AGCUUGUGCCGGGCUGGAGCAAUAGCGUCUUCUGCUUCCCAGCGCUCGCAGAUGAACUUCCUCCGGCUCAAGGGAUUUCUGCUUGGCUCCCGUUUUCUGCGUGUCACCACCCUGUCGCCCUGGCCUGAACCACAGCUGAGAAGACUCUGCGGUGCAGACGUGACCGCAAGCUGACACGGCAGAUAUUUCAUCUCCUCUGAUCUCAGAGCGCCUUUGGGAAGACUUUGCUGCAGCAAACCGAAGAGCUGGAAGAGGAAGAGCGAGGUCUGCGUGCAGGAUGCUGUCGCCUGCCGUCAGGUGUUUCUUGAACUCUUCAGUAAGUCUCCGAUCUGUCAUGUUUUGGAAUAUCCUGCUUUAACCCUUGGAAGAAAAUUUGCUAACAGCCAAAAAUGACUUGAGCUGGAAAACUGCUGCUUUGUCCAACAGGACCAGCUUUGUGCCCUGUGUUAAUUGUCCCGUUUGGAUGCACCGUACACUAUGGUUCACAUCAAUGUGUUGAAAAAAAUUAUGUGUAUUCUUGUGGUGCUGCUGGUCGCUCUGACAGUUUGCCUGUGGAGAGAGACGAGAAGAAGCUACUAUGUUCCCUUGAAGACUGAGAGUGAUGAUUUGCAGGUUCACAGGACUUUGGGAAAAUGGAACGCAGUUAAAUCACAGGGCUUUUCCCAUGAAGCAGGCAGUGAAAUGGGUCAGGUACCCAAAGCUUUGCUCAGUAACCAGAAUAAAGUAAAAGACGGCGCCUCUGUGUCAGUGGAAAAGUCCAAGAAAGCAGCAGACUCUGUGAAGGUGUGGGAUAAGGACAGUUCAUCCAAGAAUCUCAUACCCAGGCUGCAGAAGGUCAGAAAGAACUAUUUGUCCAUGAACAAGUACAACGUGACUUACAGAGGGAAGAGGAACUCUGCUAAACUCAGCCCAGAGAAGCUGCUGUGCCAGCUACGGGACAGGGUGAACAUGACGAUGAUACAGGGAUCAGAUGGUCCGUUUAAUACCUCUGCAUGGCAGCAGUACCUACCAAGGAAAAGCCUCAAUGAAACAGUGGGCCGCCUGGGACGUUGUGCUGUUGUGUCCUCAGCAGGGUCUCUGAAAUCAUCUCGUUUGGGACCAGAAAUAGACAGUCAUGAUGCCGUCUUACGGUUUAAUGGGGCUCCUACCAAGGGAUUUCGAGAAGAUGUGGGGGAAAAGACAACGGUUCGUCUUGUUAACUCCCAGCUGGUAACAGUGGAGGAGCAGCAGUUCCUGACAGACGAGCUAUAUAACACUGGAAUCUUAAUUGUCUGGGAUCCGGCACCGUAUCACGCAGCUAUUCAUGAGUGGUACAGAAAACCAGACUACAAAUUCUUUGAAAACUACAAGCUGUAUCGGAGUAAACAUCCAGAGCAGCCCUUUUACAUCCUGAAUCCAAAAAUGCAGUGGCAACUCUGGGACAUUCUGCAGGAGAAUUCGCUGGAGCAUAUUCAGCCUAAUCCACCUUCUUCGGGAAUGCUUGGCAUUGUGAUCAUGAUGACUCUCUGUGACGAAGUGCACGUGUAUGAAUUUCUCCCCUCCAAGCGGCAGACGGACGUUUGCCACUACUACCAGAAGUUCCACGACCGUGCCUGCACCAUGGGGGCUUACCACCCCCUGUUGUUCGAGAAAAACUUGGUGAAGCAUAUAAACCAGGGGACUGACGAGGACAUCUAUAUUCGUGGGAAAGUAACUUUGCCCGGCUUCCGAAAUGUACAUUGUUAGCAGAUCAGUCUGUGUUGUGUUUAGCCAUUUUCCUUGACUUUUCUUGACUGUCGAAGCACUUUUUAAAUCAGGGUUGUCAAAUUUGUUAGGUCUAAACACUGGGGUGUUUUGACAGCUCUUCUGUAUUGCAACACCUGCUCUUAGGACUUCUGUUGCAUACCGUCUUUGAACUUUAAGGCCCUGUAACGCGUUGCGGUACGUCCAUUUGGUAUGUGUGUGAGCCACCGCAAUAGGCUCACUCCUCGUGGAGCCAGGCUCACGCUGCAGAUGGGUGUCACCAUCUCAACUGAUGAGGGUGAGCAGGAAACACAAGAGAUGCUUUCUAAGCAGAGGUCGCCCAAGUCUGGAUCAAAUGCUGAUACAAGUCAGGCUGAUUCAAAGGGAUUGUGACAGCUGACAACCUGGUCCAUUUAAGGACAAGAAGUUUAAAAACUUGAUCCUCUAGCCCUGGAGCUCUUUGGAGCAGGGGCAACUUAUGGAAACACUGUCUAGGCUGGGUACUGAUAAGCUAAACUCUUAGUCUAAAAUACUUGAUUUUAUAAACAGUUAGAGCAACUGUGGCAACUUCCUUUCAGAUUUUAAGAAAUUCCAAAAUCAUGCCGGUAGCUUUAGUAAAUGAAGGGGAAGGCAAUUCAGUGAUUCAUGCAAGAUAUUUUUAAACUUUUUACUUUUUUUUAAAAACCAUUUGAAAUAAAUUUAUGCAAACAUUCACUUCUCCAGUACAGUGUUCUGCUUGGUGCAGAAGAAGGCUUAUUUCUGAAAUACUUUUGGGGAAGAUGUUCCCCAAAUGGGAACAUCUGUUUUGUGCCCAAAAGGCACAAAUGGGAGCCUAAAGCACAUUGGUACCUCACUGCAGUUGUACAUGGCCUCUCCCAUGACACCAUGGUGGAAGCAGCCCCUCCAUGGGCUCUGUGCAUGUGUGAGGAGCACACGCAUCCUCACCUGUCCUGCUCCGUACUGCUGCAUUUCGUGAUGCCUGUAAAAAGCUCUUUCUUCUGUUUUGAAUAAAUCCUGUGAAGUCACUGGCCCAAUCUUGCCUUGCUGAAACUGGUGUAUUAUAGCUACUGCUUGGACCUGGGAGGUGCACAGCAGGCUCAUGCCUGAGCAGGCAGAGUUGGGGCUGCUUACGUGCCCGUUUCUGUAAGAGGCAGCAGCUCUUUGCCCCCUUCAUGGUGGGAGUGCAGCUCUCCUGCUUGUUUCCCCUGGCGGGCAGCAACCACAUUUCAAACAGAGCAAGCUGUAAGGCUGGCUUUGCGCACGCUCGCAUCUCAGCUACGUGGUGGGGUAGUGCUGCGGCGAGCACGACCUGUCCAACGGGAGGCUAGGAGUCCUGGCUGGAUCCAGUAGGUGAUCCAUUUGUACUCUUUUUAGAGGGUUUUUUUACAGGAAGUAUGACAGAGCUUAAAAUAGACCAGUGUUAGCCCUUCUUUAUUUUGUUUGCUGGCUGCAUAGAUACAGAUCUAGUAUAAACUGCAAGUGGAGACAAGUGUGGUAUUUAGAAGAGCCAAGUUUAAGUUAGUGGGCAAUAACAGGCUGUAACGAAAGCCUUGUGCCUCCUGAAGCAUCUCCUGAAAUGGCUCCAGGACGCGAGCAGCUUUCUCUCCAUGUAUAACGCUGCGAUUCCCAGGUAGCAUCUGAAGUGCCAAGUCCUUGAAAAGAUGUUUCACAAUGUUGUGGGGAGGAUGUGGGGAAAGGCUGGCAGGGCUGGAGACGUGGGGAGUGAGGGGAUGGUGUCAUUUCUUGAGGUAGUGGAAGCCCAUUAAAGAUUAUUAAAGCCUGUUGAUGGUUGUUGUUCUGCUCCUGAGCGUUUCGCAGAAAUAUUCUGCAGAAAUACUCCUCCAUAGCCAUGACUUCAUUUGUUUUCCUUCUCCCUGAGGACAAGUGGAGUCUGUAGCACUAGCAGAAGCUAUGGUCUGCAAAGUACUGAGAGGGAAGGGGAGAGGAAAGGGAAUGAAAGGGAAAAACUGAAAGGGGAUAGGAACUGGGACACUGCAACAUCACCGCUGAAUUGUCCUGACUUCAGUUUUAAACUUGACAUUAUCCAGUAGUCUACGUAUUUCCACAGCUCUGCUUACUAAUCCACAGAAAGUAUAUUUCAGUAAGACAGGUCAGUGGGGAAACAUUGUCAAGACAUCUCCUCUCCAAGUGUGGACUCUUGGGAACCCAUAGCUGUCCUUGCUUGCACUUCUGAAAACCUCGCAGAUGCAGAUUUUAAAAGAUAGUUUGAAAGAUCUAAAAUUCUAAAAAUAGACAUGAUUUCUGGAUAAAAUCUCAACCUUUGAGGCUUUUAAUAAUUAAAUGGUGGGGGGUUUCUUAAGACAAGUCAGUAGAAACUGUAUUGUGAUGUUAAGAUGUUAGAAGUUGAAAGGAUUUUUCCCUCUUAAUAAAUAUACCCAUCUUACAAAAAGACUGUAGUCUUCAAUGUACUAACAUGCAAUAAAGAGCAGUGAUUAUUCUGGAUCUAA